CCUUCAGCCACCACCACUUCCUCGUCGCGUCCAGGCUGGGAAUUUACCGUUCUGCAUGACCGCUUUUCAUGAUUAGAGGAGGCCUAUAUGCGGGACGAUGGGCGCGGCAAUUAUUCCCUUCUCGCACCUUUACCUCGACCAUCGCACAAUGGCAACGCGAAAGAGACUCAGGGAACCACCAGAGGCUCCUCAAUUCCCUGAACCAACUUUCUGCGCUACUCACGUCUCCUGUGCGCCGCGGCGGUAAUGUUCGAGCCUUUGUGCAGAAGAAACUCAACCAUCGCGACGCAUAUACCUCAUCUCGGGAUAUUGUCUUCCAAAAGAUCCUGACGUUGCUCGUUCGGCACCGGUCUUGGGAUGUGGGGAUAUCUGUGUAUGAAAGGAUGGAGGCGGAGGGACUGCGGAUUCCUGACCGUCUCAAAGCUUGCUUCAAGGUGGCACAGUGGCUGAGGUCGCCGCCAGAACAGAAAGGGUGGUCGAGGGUUGGUCUUCGUCGGUUAUUUGCGACGCCCUCUUUCAAAGAAAGGCAGCUAUUGACUCUCAUGAAUGCAUUUGACUGGUCGUCGGAUGCUACCGCGGGGGCAGAACUCAUUGGGAUGUUUAUCAAGAGCAAAGGAUCUAGGGGAAAGCGUUAUGUCCCAUCUAUCGCAGUUGUUAACAAGCUCGUCAGCUUGCAGACACAGGCAGGUGACUUGGAUGGAGCAUUCGAAUCUUUGCGGAAGCUGAGACCCGGUAAUGAAGAGGAGAUUCUUCGGCCGUUCGUAUCCGUCAUUGCGCGGAUGUCCGACACUGGUAUAAAAGACAAGACCUCUCUCAAGCGGGUCAUGAAUCUCAUGAAGGAACACGACAUCGGUGCCGAUACCUCUGUCUUUAACGUCCUCAUUUCUCGGGAAAUCAAACUCGGUUCAUUCUGGAUCUACCCACGCGUUCUAUCAUACUAUGAAGUCCUUCGAAACUUGCACGCUGCCACAGGUAUCGGUCCCGAUGCGUACACCUUCCAGCAUCUCUGCUCCGCUAUGGGACAUUAUUACAAGCCUAGACGCAAGCACUGGGUACAGGGAAAGGACCAGUUUACCCCCCGUCAUCUCUAUCGUGACAUGGUUGCCAUUCAUUUCAAUACCGAAGAGUCCAAAACCUCAUCCGUUGACAUGGGUGAACUCUACAGAGACCAAAAACUGCUCAACUCGAUGCUUCUCAUGUUUCUCACCCUCAGCGAUUACGUCGGCGCCCUCGUCUGCCUUCGUGGUUUCACAAAGUUUGGAAUUCCCGUAAAUGCCAAGACGUUUAAGCACGUCGUCGAGCAUCUCGCUCGGCAGAUUCACCACGAUAAAAAACAUUGGAUGUCGGCGUUUCUAGGCGAAUCGGAGCUGGAUAAAAAUAUGAAGUUGAUGGAUCCCCGGUUGUUGACCCUUCUUCUUGCCUCGAUGAAGAGGGAUAAGCGCCCUGGCGGCCUUGGACGCUAUGUCGUUCCAACGCUUGACAUGAUCAACGGGGAGAGGGAAGUUCCAUUGAGCGCACGGCUCGACUUGAUCCCCCUUGAGGAAGCAUUGUUCCAGGCUCUUUAUACCGCAAAGGGGAGACGAGCGGGGGAUGCGGAUGAGACUAUUGAGCAGGAGAUAUCGGACGCAGAAACUCUCAUGUUCCCGAAGGUCCCCACGAAAAACUACGAAUGUGGACCUAGACGUCUUCGCAGGAAGUGAUUUGCCUGUGCUCGCAAUUAUCGGUCGCUUGCUUGUGGGCCUUUUGGCCCCGCUUAAUCCCUUGGGAGGAUGAGCGUUGUGGCUUGUAUUUUUAGUAGUCGGUACCUGGCUGCAACUCCCUAUCUUUGCAACAACCCAUCUACGAGAAUAGUAAUAUUAACUCACCACAUAU